AUGCGGCGGACACUCCGACUCUUCGCCAGCGUCAAGCCGCGCUACCUCGAGCCCGGCAACCCGACCGGCCUCACGGGCCUGUACACCCACAGCUCGCCGCGGUCGUCGCUGCUGUACCUGUACUCGCGCACCCUCACGAAACUACAACAAUUCCCCGAGUCGUCGCUGUACCGCCAGUCCAUCGAGGCCCUGACCAAGCACCGCCAGGCCAUCGUCGAGGCCGCCGAGCCCCCCGGGUACAAGGAGUGGGCCGAGCGCGCGCGGAAGGUCCUGAAGGAGAACCCGGCCCAGUUCGACAUCGUGAGCGGCUCCAAGAUGGACGGCGCCGGCGCCAUACAGGUCGAGUCCGACGGCGACCUGUUCGUCCACCGCGCCAACCCCCAGCCCAAGGACGUGCGCGAGGAGGAGUGGGACGGCGAGCGCGACGACGGGCCCGGCAACGAGGGCCUGAGAGGCCCCGAGGAGCGCGAGACUGCAUACCAGGAGUUCCUGCUCGACCGGAAGCCCCUCGAGCUGCCGAACAAGGUCAACUGGGAGCCGGAGCCGCAGAUGACGGCCGACCAGGUCGAGGAGAUCGAGGGCAAGAUCGGUGCUGGUCUGAUCGAGGAGGUGGUGCAGAUGGCCGAGAGCGAGCUGCGGCUCAUCGAUGUCAUGUAUGAUGCUAAGGUAUGGGAGAGCCUCGAGGAGAAGCCGCCUGCGGGUCAAUGGGAGUACUUCGAGCGAUCAUAA